AUGAGGGUCGGGGAAAUCCUUCGUAGUUAUGCCAGCCAGUAUUGGGAGCUCUAUAAUGAGUUUGGUGGGAGCAACGAGAAAAUUGUUGCGCGCACCUUUAGGAUGGGAUUGCCCGAGGACUUCGAACUAUGGGAGUUGUUGACGAGAAAGCCUCCCGAGGAUAUGAGGCAGCUCAUGAGACGUGUUGAGGAGUACAAGCGCCUGGAGGAUGAUUGGCUGCAGAGUAAGGGUAAGGCCCCGUUGGUGGCCGAACAAGAUAGGGGUGAUCCAUCUCGGAGAAACCAGAAUAUGCACUGCACCUAUCAUAGAGAUAAGGGGCACACCACCGAGCAGUGCCGGGUGUUGAAGAACCAUCUAGAGCAAUUGGUAAAAGCGGGACAUUUGAAGGAGUUUGUAGUGGAUUCCAGGAAUCGGGGUACUAGGCAAGGUGCUCAGCAAAGAGGAAACCCUUUCCCACCGCCAUUGGGAGUGAUUGAAGUGAUCCAUGCUGCCCCAAGGGGUACGACUGUGACCAAAACGGGGGUGUUGACUGUUGUACCUGUGGAAGAUUGCCCGGACAAGCAACCCUCCAAAAAGAGAACGAAGCUUGCUCGGGAGACUCUUGCUAUUGAUGAUGAUGAUGAUUUAGAAGGAACAAUUCAGCCGCACGAUGAUGCAUUGGGGGUGUUUGAGGUGCUACGGCACCACAAGUUGCGUCUUAAUGCGGAGAAGUGUGCUUUUGGGGUGGGGGCUGGUAAAUUCCUGGGGUAUCUGAUCACUAAUCGGGGAAUAGAGGUAAACCCUGAUCAGAUUGAAGCAGUGAAGCGCCUCAAGCCACCUAGCAAUCCAAAAGAAGUGCAAGUAUUGACUGGGAUGUUGGCUGCCCUUAACCAAUUCAUCUCCAAAUUUGCUGAUCGCUACCGACCAUUCUACUAA